AUGGUGGCAGCUGUUUCGGCGGACCCCGUUCCACAGCUGCUUCGCGGGCAUUGGCUGGACUCGAUCGGACAUUCCAUCCUCGUCAGCAAGACCACCGACGAGGACCAGAUCUUCACCGCAGUGCUCACCCCACUGGUGGAUCAUCCCGAAGCAAAAGACCGUGUCCUGCGAAUCGACAGGCCAGCGGAGAGCCGGCAGUGGCGAUGUGGGAACGCCAGCCUCGAGCUUGCCGACGAGCAGAACCAAAGGCUCGUGUGGAUCACGGAGGACGGGCGUCGCAGCGUCUGGUCCAGGACCAAGGAAGUCUUGGCUCCAAGUGGCGGCUCCGACAGGAGCCCUGUUUCCAGGAGCGGGGAGAGGGAGGCACCCGAGGACAGCGACAAAGACGUCGACAGAAUCGCCUUCCCCUGGCUGCUGAACAACUCCGCCCCGGAGCCAUGGCUUCCGCUGGAUGUUCCCCGAGACAUCCUCUACGAUGGGGCACGCGUGGCAGCCUUGCUGGAUAUUCGGCAAAUGAUCGGUGCACGGAGUGAGCCUCAGGAGCGUUUCACGCACAUCCUGAUGGAUCACGACCUGCACCCCACUCGUCAAGGCGGUGACUACCUGAUCCCGGGUGUCGACUCGCCUCUCUGGCAGACGCUGAACGUCUCAGAAACCAUGCGCCGGAGUAUCGUGCAGAGAAUCAGCAGGAUACCCCACGAGGUUCUGUCUCAGCGCGUCAGCUGGAGUGGGAAUGCGGAGGUUUGGGUUGGCCGGCACAAAAUAUCGUGCCGCUCCCGAGACAUCCAGGCCUUAAACGCCAGAUGGGUGCCUCCCCUCCAGGACGAGCGGAAGCCCCUGGAGAUCGCCAAAAGCUCAUUGAAU